AAAAUCAGGUUAACAAUAAGUUUGAUUUAUAAAGUAAUAACUAAUUUAACCCGUAUUGUGAAACAUGUUAUUUGUACUUGCAGGUUUUGUAAUAAAUGUAAACUGUGUGUUUAGGCUAUCCACAGAAUUAUUGAAAAACAAUGGGUUUUGUUAUUGUAAAAUCAAGAACGGUGCGCGUAUAUCUCAGCAACAAGUGGAGCAGUUUUAUGAAGAACAUAAGAAUAAAUUCUUCUACAAUCGCUUGAUAACUUCUAUGACCAGUGGCGAUUGUGAAGUGUAUGUCCUGGCAAAGGACAACGCUAUCCAGGACUGGCGGAAGUUGAUGGGUCCAACCAAAGUGUUCCAGGCUAUCUUCUCUCACCCUGACAGUCUGCGAGGCAUGUACGGUCUUACCGACACCAGGAACGCCACACAUGGCUCAGAUUCUAUGGAAUCAGCAGCUCGUGAGAUAUCAAUUUUCUUCCCAGACUUCAGCGUUUCCCAGUGGCUGAAAGAGAAUGAAGAAAGUUUCCGAAAAGAAGUGAUACUCUCAGAUCAAACCUCUUAUAUCCAUUCAGCAGAGGCUGAUAAGUUUCAACAAUCUACCAGUAGAUAACGUCACUGCAAGCAUAGUGCUAACAUUGUAAGCAUCUAGAAGUUGUUCCUCACAAAGUAGUACUUACCCAUAAUAAGUAUUAGUAAUAGUCAAUACAUUGUGGAAAGAAUUAUGUAUACCAUACAUACAUGUAAUAAUAAGUUUUAGCUCUAUACCACCAUUUGUAAUGUAGUUGCAUUUCGUCUUUAUGUGAACUAAAAAAAAUUAUUGAAUGUUCCUGUCAGAUUUCUAAUGUUACAAACCGGUUGAUUGUGUUGGUAUUGUUACUGUUGCACUCACUUUAAUAUUUAACCCCUUGACUGUCUUGAUCCAACUUUGCGUUCAACUGCCACGCCCGUGUUAUCACGUUCCAAACAGCUGUUUCGCUACACAAUGCUUGACAUCUAUAAGGUAAUGCAUAUUGGCCCAUAGUACUAUUUAUUUGAACUACUGCAGUUCCACAGUAGUGCUGUUAAAUGGCUACUACACUGACGGUCAACUAAAGAAUUAUUACCUAUCCUCAUGGUGAAGUGUACAUGGACGUUCAAAACAGAAGGCAAUUGUUUUCUAUAUUUUUAAUUGGGUUUUUGAAGUUGCUAUUGCAAGUUUGUUUUAUUUUCUUUCUUCAUUGUGGUUCAGUUGGCAUGGCAGAAAUUAGUUAUUAAAAUAAUUUGUCCGGAUGCGUUGUAGUAAAUUACCUUGCAUUCAGCAGCAUACCUUUCUGAGAAUGAUGGCGAUCAGAAUGUGGACUCAUUAUCAACCACAACCUGACAUGACAAAUCUGGAGAUUCUUUCAGCAGUUUGCUAAAUGAAGAUAUCACUAAAGUAGAUUAUGGUAGGUGAGAAACAUGCUACAUUUGCGCUAACUGUGGCAGAUAAACCCACAGCUUUGUGCACGGCAAAUAAACUCAGCAGUAGCCUAUACCAACACCGUUGUAAACUCAGCAUUUAAGGGGUUAACAUUUCCAGCAUGUAAUAACUUAUUUUUGGAUGAUGAAAAAUUUAGCCGUCUUAUAAAUAUAAACUUACAUCUAAUAUUUUUAUUUAACUUACUUUCAGAAGAAAUUUAUGAUCUAGGCAUUUCCCUGGAUGAAAACUUAGAUAUGUACAAGUUUAGUGAGAUGGUGUUGGGCACCUAAUAAAAUUUAUUACAUUAAAGUUUUUUUAAAUGUUUACUUGCCAAUUUUUGUUAAGUUGUUAAGCAUAGUGUAAACAAAAUGGUUUACUAAUUGUAGUACUCGUGUUACUAAUAAAAUACUGUAAUUAAAGUUUUAUAAUUUAUACUAUUAUAUGAAUUUUCAACAAAUGUUAUGCUUGAACGGCUAAGAAAGCAAUCUCAAUACUUGAUUUUGAAUAAAUAAGGUUACAUACCUUUCCAUUGUCAAUCCAACUUUUUAUUUUGAUUAUUAGUUUUGGAAGCACUCUCUCAUUGUAAAAAUUAUGCACCCAAUUGUUAAAAACUGAACAUGUUUUCAAAUAAAUCAAAUUAUAUAUAACAUGAAUAAAUAAACAAACACUCAACACAGCAAAGGAAAUACAAAGUAUAUUUUUAUGUAUGGCUGGAUUAAAAUGAAUGUAUAUAUUUUCACUACAGUGGAACUUGGAUAAUUCGAAUCUCAAGGGACCAAUAAAAAAAUUCGAAUUAUCCAAAAAUUCAAAUUAAAAAAGUUAAGAAUUAAAGGCUUAAAAUAAUGACACUUCACAUCUUUGCUGAAAACCUUUAUUGAAAAUAACAUGAGUGGUUGUAAAUGUAUGUUUUUCUGUGCAUUUCUACUAAGCAAAAUAUGGUAAAACAGUUCAAAAUUGAAUCAUGAAUUAUCUAAAAAAUACACAAUUACAGUAUAUUUUUAUCAAUAAAAGAAAAUAAGUUGAAUGGUGAUAAGGAACAUUAUACAGUACUAUAUUAUUUUUUCAAAAUAAGUUGGAAAUCUUCACUUGUUUUCUAAAGUUUCUGCCAUAUUCAAUUAAUUGAAAAUAUACUCAUUUACGUCAUUUUUACUUUAAAAAAAACGUCUAAGUGCCAUGAUGUGCUGCUGCGGCCUCACUCGGAACGUUUAUUUCCGCCCCAACUGAUGACUCGCCUUCUUCGUCACCCGAUGCCAUGUUGCCAUCUUGUUUAUUGUUGAGCACUUCAGCGAUGAUCUCCGCGUCUGUUAUCUCACCACAUACUGCAAAAUCUUCAUCCACGUUGACAAAAUCUUCAAACGAGAUGGCAGGGUCAGUAAUGACGUCCUCCCAGCCGUCAACUGAAGGUACCGCUUCCGCUAUAAUGUUGUUGGCUUUUUCAGCGUCCUCCUUUUUUACAAAACCAGCUUUUAUAAAGCAAUGUUUGAUCGUUUCGGGCGCUACUUUUUCCCAAGCUUUCUUGCACAUGCGAGAGGGUUGAAGAAUGUCUAACUUGAUUUUUAGGGCGUCACAAUCUUCAGUCAGUAUGUACUCAACCAAUAAACGUCUGUAAAACUGUUUUAGAUUUUUUAUGAUCCCCUGUUCUAUAGGCUGGACGACCGAAGUCAUAUUGGCAGGGAAAAAAAAAUCACUUUAACAUUUUCCAUUACUGGAAUCGUGUUGUGCGCAGUACAGUUGUCUAUAAACAAGAUAACCUUUGGUUUUUUUUAUGAACUUUUUGUCUAAGUUCAACAACCAUUUCUCAAAAAGGUGACUGGUCAUCCCAGCUCUUGCGCUGUUCACAUACUCCACUGAUUUUGAUUUGACGUUCUUCAAACAACGGGGACUAGCCGACUUGCCAAUCAUUAGUAAAGGCAGCUUUUCUGAUCCAUCCAUGUUUGCACCAACCAGGAGAGUAAUUCUCUCUUUACUCAGUUUUCCUCUGUGGCAUUUUUCUUCUUUAAAUGCAAAUGUUUUGUCAGGGGUGCAUUAAAAAAAUCCCGUUUCAUCAACAUUGAAGAUGUCCCUUUCGUCCUGAUCCUGAAUCAUCUCCUCCAAAUCUGUUUUCUAUUGGUUGGCUUCUUGUUGAUUAACGCUUCCACUUUCACCACAAAUGGAUUUAAACGAAAUUUUGUUGCGAUCUUUGAAGCCGUCAAGCCACCCUGAACUAGCCUUGGAAUCUUGUUUCCCCAAUUCAGUAGCAAAUUGUUCAGCUUUGCUUCUUAUGAGAGGGCCACUCACUGGAAUCUUCUGAUCCCUAGUUUGUUUGAACCACUUUAAAACACAAUUGUCCAAAUCUGGAUUUUCUGGCUCCCUUAACCUUUUCCGGUCUUUAAUGUUCUCACUUUCCCUCCCGAAAAUUUUUUCUUUGUUCUUUAAGUAGGUGGACAAUGUGUUAGGAGGAAUUCCAGGAAGUCCUUGGCAAUUCCAGAUUUUUUCUUAACCCCCUUCUCUACUUCUUUGAUUGCCGCUAUUUUCUGAGCCAAAGACAGUUUUGUAUGUUCGAGGAUUACGAGGCGACGACAUGGGAGUAGAUUGGGUGGGGGUGGAGUGGUCCUGCAGGCAGCGCAACUUGUGCCAGUCGCGAUGAGUCACGUCUACAAAACAAUAGGCGCGGACGCAUAGGGCCGAAGUCAAAGUCAAAAUCUCUUUAUUUACAAUUUCAUUGAGAAGUGUAAUGGCGUCAAAAGUUACAAUGGUUAUGGAUAAAGUAAAGGUACAAUACAUCAUUCGUUUUGGUGUAGAAAUUCUUCCAAGGUGUAGAAAGGUCUGGUCACCAUCCAUCUGUUCAGUGAUGUCUUCAAAUUCUUCCCCUUCUGAGCCUUGAUGUCGACUGGUAGAGCAUUGAACAGCUUUCGUCCCAUGUAAGAUGGCUUCUUUCCAUACAGUGACAGAUGGUGCGCUGGCAGGAUGUAGUUACCAGCAUGUCGAGUGUUAUGGUGGUGUACAUCUGUUCCUCGAGGGAGUUCAUUCCUAUCGGCGAAAAGGACCACUUCCUGUAUGUAUAGAGCCACAACCGUCAUGAUUCCAAGAUCUUUGAAGCCCUCACGACAGCUGUCCCUGGACCCCAGACCCUUGAGAGCUCUUAUAACUUUUUUCUGAGCAACAAGAACUCUUUGUAAGUUGGUAACAGUUGUGCCUCCCCAUACAGCAAUUCCGUAUCUGAGGUGGGAUUCGAAAAGGGCAUAAUAAGCUGUUUUUGCUGUGUUUAUGUCGCUGAUGUGGUGAAUUCUUUUGGUGACAAAGAGGCCGGUGUUUAACUUCUUGCACAAGUUAUCAACGUGGUGAGUCCAUGAGAGAGUUUCAUCUAUUGUCAGUCCAAGGAAUGUUGUGUGUGAUUCUAUGUCAAUCUCUGGCAAUGCUGCAACUUCAUCCUUUCUUCUACCGAAUGCCAUUUGCUUAGUCUUGGUCAUGUUGACCACUAAGUCAUUUAAGUGACAGUAUUGAUAAGCUAUGUUUAGUGCUGUGUAAGAGCUCAUAGCUAGGUCAUCUGUAGAAUUUCCAGCAAGCAGAAGUGUUGUGUCGUCAGCAUACAUUAAAGUGGAGCAGUAGGUACUCAGAUAAUGUGGCAAGUCAUUAGUAAAUAAUAUAAACAGAACAGGGCCUAAGACUGAUCCCUGAGGCACACCCAUAUCAACAGUUAGGGGCUGAGAUCUGAUGUUCUGUGUUAGUCCUUUGUCAUUAUGUCUUAUUUCCACCACUUGGCUGCGUUCUUCCAGAUAACUCUUAAACCAUUUGUAGGCGAGGUCACUGAUGCCUAGGUUUUUGAGUUUUUGCAAAACAAGGUCGUGCCCCAGACAGUCAAAUGCCUUACUGAAGUCAAGCAUUACACCAGUCACGAGUUUACCCACUUCCAGUUGGUCACGUAUGAAUUCUGCCAGUUCGGCAAUUGCAGUUGUAGUGGAUUUCCCUUUCACAAAACCAUGCUGGCAGUCUGUCAACAGAUUGUGCUGUUCAAGAUAGCACAUCAGUCUCUUGAGUACAACCUUUUCAAUUACUUUAGAAAAGGUUGAAAUCAAGGAAAUUGGUCUGUAGUUACUAGGUGUCAUUCGGCAGGAGUUUUUGUGUUUGGGGUACACCUUUGAUGCUUUUAGAGCUGAUGGGAACAGUCCUGACGAUAGUGAUCUGUUUAUGACACUGACAAGGGGUGGUGUUAAAACAUCACUACAGUGCUUUAGUAACUUUGAUGAUACAUCAUCCAGUCCUGCUGAGGUUUUGGCCUUCAUACUUGCAAUGAUGUUUUGUACCUCUACUAUUGUGGUAGUGUGCAGUUGACUGAGCCUACAAUUAGGUGUGUGUAAUGUAGGUUGUCUGCCUUUUUGGUAUUGGUUGUUGGUGGCCGAUGUUUGUUUAGCAACAGUAGUGAAAUACUCAUUGAGAUUCUCAACAAUGUCAUGGGGGUCAGUCGUUUCUACUCCAUUUAUUUUCAGUUUCAGUUGUUCUUUUCCUGUUUCUGCGCUCUUCCUUUCAUUGUUUAUUAUCUGCCAUACUGCUUUAGAUUUAUUCUCAGCCAUGUUUAUAUGGUUGGCUGUUCCUUGACGUUUUAAGAGUUUUAGCCUGAGAUCAUAGUUUUUCUUUGCUAUGGCCGUGUCUGUUUUAUGUUGGUCACUUCCUGUGGUCUGGUAUCUCCUCAGACAUUGAAGAUAUGUAUCCUUUAGUUUAAGGGUUAUGUCAUCGUUAAAGUUAAGUUUUGUUUUUCUUUUAGGUCUUGUUUUCUUUUUUGGACAAGCUGCAUCCAUGGCUAUUGUCAGGGUAUUUAAAAAGAUGUUGUAUGCUUCUUCAGUACUUUGAGCGUUGUGCACAUCAGCCCAGUCUUCCUCAUACAAGAGCAUCUUUAGAGAGUCAAGAUUGUCUCUUUUCAUCUGUCGUAGCAUAAGACAGGAUUUUUCUAUCUUCUCAGCCCCUAGAGAUAUUUUACUAAUUUGGCCUGUGUGGUCUGACAAGCCUGUAUGUAUUACACUGGCACUGAUUUUUGAUUUAGGUAGGUUUGAGCAUACACAGUCUAUGGAGGAGAUGGAGCUGUGAGUGAUUCGGGUAGGAGGUAGAGGUAGUCUUGUCAUGUUGUGACUGGUAAGCAUUUCUUCUAGUUUCCUAGCAUCGUUAUUUGGCACCAGUCUGUUCACAUUAAUGUCCCCCAAGAUGACUAAGGGGUGGUUGUCAGCUUUUACCUCUUCAAUGAUGUUAGAAAUAAUAUCUAGAGCUUCAUCCAGUUUUUCACUUGGAGAUCUGUAUAUGCCAAGGAUGUAAAGAUGUUCUUUGCCUGAAGUCACCUUGACCGCUGCCACUUCACAUGUCAGUUCCUUGCAAUGGUGAGACACAUUUAGAGUCUCGGUUUUUGGUUGUAAAGAAUCUUUUACGUAUAUAGCCACUCCUCCUUUUCUGCUUUUAAUCCUGCAAAAGUGUGUUUUAAGAGAGUAGUGUUGAAAUCUAGUAUUUUCUAAGAGUUCAGUUUUUAAACCAUGUUCACUUAAGAUGGUAAUGUCAGGUUGAAUGUCUUGAAGUAGAUGGGAUAAUCUGUCUGUUUUGUUUCUUACUUCCUGUAUAUUUUGGUGCAAGAUUAUCACUUCUUUGUUUAGUGCUGAGUUUUUAAUUGAAGGGUGGCUAUUUCCUUGGUUAGUGUUUGUGUCAAGCCUUGUUUCAUAUUGCAUUUUUUUGGGAAUAUUUGAUCUAAAAAAGACCCAUGAGAGAUAUCCACCUGCACUGGAACCUGCUGACCAGGCUCAGGUGAAGAUGGUGGCUGGGAGUAAGUAGGGGUCAGAGUAUUUUCAAUGGGUGUCGUAGACUUAAUAUAGUAGUCUAUAUGUUUUUUGUAGAACUCCUCUAGACUCUCAUCUGUGGCCCGGGGUUUAGCAUUCAUUGGGGGCUUUCGUAGCGUUUCUCGAGCCGAGUUUGAUUCUUUUGAGGUUGGGAGAGAUGAAGGUUGCUGGGAGUCUAAUACGGAGUUUGUCUGGUUUGUAUUUCCAUCUAUUAAUGUAUUGUUUAUUGUGUAGCCAUUUUUAGGUUCCUGAAAUCCUGUCUGAGCAUUUUUGCUCUUUGCUAUCUGAAGGGAUACACUGCGAUGAUUGUUUCCUCUUUUGUGUACAUUCUUAUUGCCUUCAUUUAAGCGUGAAAUUUUGAGAAAAGUAUGCCCUGGAGUAGUGGGGAGGCCCUGCUCUAUGUAAGCAUUCACCUUAGCUUGGUCAUGUUUCUGAAAUUGGUUUUGUAGUACCUUCAUGGAGUGCUCCAUGGAGUCUUGACGAGUCUUCAACUGAUUUAAUUCCAGUAUAAGGGGUAGUUGCUGGUUGUUAUGUUCAUCUAUUUCAUAAAGCCUAGGGUCGGUUUGUGUUUGCAUGUCUGCCAUUUCUGAGGUAUUAUUUAUUAGGUGAGACUUCAAAGUUUUGUUUUGUUUAAGUUUGCUGAUAUUAUCUUUUAGCUGCUUAAUUUCUUUUUCAAGGGAACAUACUAUUUUCUCUUUUUCCCUAUCCUGUUCUUCAAAGCUCUGCAUGAGUUCUGACCGUAGUUGUCUCUCUUUGGUGAGUUGGUGUUCUACUUCAUUUAAAGUUUCAGUUAAAGGGCAGUUCCGAUUUAUUAGUGACACUGUUUCUGUUUCAAGCUCUUCAAUUUUUAUUUGGUAUUGCAUUUCACAAAAACUAUUUUUAUCUGUAGUUUGCUGUAACAGUUGAGCAUUUUUAAUUGAUGCCUCGAACAGUUCCUGCUUAAGUUUCCUGUUCUCAGCUAACAGGGCAUUUCCAACCUCAGCAGCUAAAGUUAGAGAAGUUUCUAGGUCAUCAGGAUCUUGAAAAGUCUGUACUUUCAAGUGGAUGUCUUCUAUACUGUUUUUUGACUGAUGUGUAAUGGUUUGUCCAUUGUCAGUACAUUUUGAGGGUGUGUGAUAGUUUGAAGAUAUAUUUGUGUGGUUCUUGCAGUUAAUGCACUGCCAGGAUUCAAUAUCUGUCUGGGAUAGCUUGUUGAAUUUUUUGUCUGGCCAUUCAAGACAUUUAGAAUGAAACCAUUGAUUGCAGGUGCCAGUGCAUAGGAUUCCUUUAUGUUUUACUCCUAUUGCACAGACACCGCAGGGGUGUUUGGACAUUUUAUUUAGUUUUUGUGAGAUUAGAUUGCAGUUUAGUUCUUGUGUUACAGUUAGUUUCUUAUAAUUAUCUUGAAUUCUUGAGCCUAGUAUUGUUACCUUUCACCAUCCGUAUCUUCUUCAAUGUAAUAAAGCCCACAUGAAUCCAAUCUUUUACACUUCACAUCUUCAACCACGGGACCAUUUUUUGGUGACCUUUCACCAUCCGUAUCUUCUUCAAUGUAAUAAAGCCCACAUGAA